GUUCUCAGUGCUUAGUUCCCACCCAACAACAGCUGCUGAGCUCUGAUAGGCUGAAGCGGGUAUGAGGCGGGGCCGACCUGUUUUUAUAUUUUUCUUGCUCUGAGCUCAGUACAGACCUCAGUUCAGUAUCGGCGACAGACAGAGUCAGGAACAACCUACACUCGCUCUCACACACAACCUUCAGCCUGUCGAAAAUAACAAUUUACUAGCACUACGUACACAGGGAGAUUACCUUAACCCAAACCUGGACUAUACUACUCUGCUUUUGGACCAGGAUAGCACGGGGAACGAAACCUUUUUUCUCUUCUCCUUCCUGCUGCACCCUUUCUUUUUCCUGCUGUGGUCUCUGCUGUCCUAGCAGGUGUCCACUAACGCCCCCCAGCGAAAAAGAGCGGUACAGCCAGAAGAUAGGUAGCCCGAGCAGCCUCAUCGUGGGCCCCUCCAGUUUAGCUGUCCGAUGCGGAGUGAGGAUGAGUCCUGCUCUAGAAGCCCUUAUGCAGGCAGAUGGGAAGCUCCCCUAUCCCGGGAAAGGGGUGAUGCUUGAGCCCUUUGUGCACCAGGUGGGGGGCCACUCUUGUGUGCUGCGUUUCGGCGACCAGACCAUCUGCAAGCCCCUCAUCCCCCGAGAACACCAGUUCUACAAGAGCCUGCCCCCCGAAAUGAGGAAGUUCACCCCCCAGUACAGAGGUGUGGUGUCAGUCAGCUUUGAGGAAGAUGAAGAGGGCAACCUGUGUCUCAUCGCUUACCCCCUCCACAAUGAACCAGAGAACAUGGAAAACAAGGACCCCUCAGCUGACUGCGAGCCUAAGAGUAAGAUGAUCAAGUGGGGCAACAAGAAAUCAUCGUCCCUACUGCUGGAUAAUGACAACUACAGCAAAGACCGGGCCAGACAGAGCACUAAAGAGAACAAGAGCAAAAUUUAUAACGGUGCGGAGGUGCAGCAGCAGGCUGAGGUACUCCGCUACAGCCUAGAUCGGAAGCAGAUCAAACACAACCCCUGGAGUCUGAAAUGCCACCAGCAGCACCUCCAGAGGAUGAAGGAGAACUCCAAACACCGCAACCAAUACAAAUUCAUCCUGUUGGAGAACCUGACGUGGCGUCACGCGGUGCCGUGCGUGCUGGACCUGAAGAUGGGCACGCGGCAGCAUGGUGACGACGCAUCAGAGGAGAAGAAGGCCAACCAGAUCCGCAAAUGUCAACAGAGCACUUCCGCCUCCAUCGGUGUCCGGCUUUGUGGCAUGCAGGUGUACCAGUCAGACUCAGGCCAGCUGAUGUUCAUGAACAAGUACCACGGGAGGAAGUUGAGCCUGCCGGGCUUCAAAGAAGCCCUUUUCCAGUUCUUCCACGAUGGACAGCGUCUCCGGCACGAGCUGCUCUCCCCGGUGCUGCGGAAGCUCCGGGAGAUGCAGGAAACCCUGGAGUCCUGCGAGUCCUACCGCUUCUACUCCUCCUCCCUCCUCAUCAUCUAUGAUGGGGAGCCCCCCCGCCCUCGCGCCCCCACUCGACGCCACCGCGGAGGAGAAGAGGGUGAUGAGGACGAGCCCUCAGAUGAGGAAGAGGAAGAGGGGGCGUUUGGGUUCACCCGUGGCUCGGCAGCUGGCAGCAGUGCUGGCGGUAGCAGUAACGGUAGCAGUAACGGUAGCAGUAACGGUAGCAGUAACGGUAGCAGUAACGGUAGCGUUGGUCGCUCGUCCCGUGGUGCAGCAGGGGAGGCCAGCAGCCCAGCAGUGGAUGUGAGGAUGAUAGACUUUGCUCAUACGACGUGUCGCCAUUACGGGGAAGACAGUGUUGUGCAUGAGGGUCAGGACAGCGGCUACAUCUUCGGCCUGCAAAACCUCAUCACCAUCAUCUCCCAGCUGGAGGAGCACAGCGCCGACUAAAGACUGAGCCUCCACUCUGGGAAACUCAAACCUAACCUGGGAAUAACAGCACUGAGCUGUAACCCUGCUUUACCCUCCUCCGCCAAUGGCCUGGACCUAGUGGCCACCACACGGCCGGGGGUCUGACCCCAACUACUGUAGGGGACAACCAGGGAGCUUCUGACCCGGGGGAGAGGCCACGCUGGAGUCGGUUCUGCACUCCCCACCCUCCCCCUGAACCAACACGGGACAGGACCACUUGUGCACUCGUUUGCACCUUGUCUCUGUGACUGUUCUUUCUCUCUUUCUUCUUUUCUUUCUUUUCUAUAUGGUGGGAGAGAUUGUGGCUGAGGCUCUGGUCUAUUAACAGGCUCAGGGACUCCUGUAUCGUCCUGUCCUCUUUUCCUCUCGUUUCCACCUCUCUGCUCCUCUGUUAUAGACUGUUUUCUUUACUGUAUGGUCUCUCUGAGAGAGAGCCGUAAAGCUUAAGUGUAGUUCUAGGAGUCAGACUUGGUGCUUAUUAAACUGUAAGGUGACAUGAGGUGUUUGUGGAUGGAGUUUGGACUGAUGUUCCCCCAACAGCACAGCACACACGAGUGGGGGUUGCUUCUGUAUAGACUGAACGGGGCUGGCAGCUUUGUAACGAGUGUUCUCCUCGCUCUCCAAUGGCUGACAUUUCACAUUUCCACCAUACCCCCCCCGUACUGUUUAGACCCUAAAUCAUAGACAUUUAAAGUAGGGGGUAAUAAGGGGAUAACAUCAUUACUUUGUAACUUUCUUUGUUUGUUGUUUCUGAAAUGGUGACUGAAGAAGAGAAUAUAUUGAUUAGGACAAUAAAUACUAUAUAGAGAAAGUGUAUAUAGAAUCUUUAUUUAUUGAAAUAAACAAAACAAAAAAAUGAGAAACAAAAUGGAAAAUAAUUACUACAUUCCAUAUUACUGUUCUAAAUGUUCUGUUCUGAUGACAUUAGUGAAUAUAGUUUUUUGCAAGAUACCUCUCUUGUAUACCUGUGUCAACAGUAUGUUGUAUGUUGAAAGUAAAAUAAAGACAUUUCUUUGUGGAAAA